AUGGGGAAUACUUUCCUCAAUUUAGCUCUUCUUAUCAUAUUCCAUUUUUCUAUGCCUACUUUCUCUAUGAAAUUAACCACCAUACAUACAGAUCAAUCAGUUCUUCUAGCACUAAAAGAUCAUGUUAUUCAUGAUCCUGAAAAUGUCUUGACAACUAACUGGUCAGCCUCUUCCCCCGUUUGCAAUUGGUUUGGUGUAAGUUGUGGAUCCAAGCACCGUAGAGUCACAGCUCUAGACCUUACUGGGUUGGGACUCGUAGGCACCCUUCCACCUCACUUGGGAAAUUUGUCAUUCCUUUCUCUUCUUUAUGUCACAAACAAUAGUUUCUAUGGCGGAUUACCUGUCCAGUUAUCCAAUUUGCGACGGCUGAAAUAUUUAAGCUUUGGUAACAACUCCUUCAAUGGAGAAAUCCCAUCACGGUUGGGAUCAUUAACUGAACUUCGAAGGCUGUUUUUGUACCAAAACAACUUCAAAGGUUCAAUUCCCUCCACCAUCUUCAAUAUCUCUUCGUUGCAAGAAAUAGAUCUAAGUUACAAUAUGCUCUCUGGUUCCAUACCCUCUGUUCCACGUGAUUUGCUUUUGCUAGAAGUCAUCGAUUUCACCUCCAAUAAUCUCACUGGUCAUAUCCCAAAAGAUACGUUUGAUCAUCUUCCAAAUUUGAAAGAAUUGUUCUUGAGUUUUAACCUGCUUUCUGGUAGAAUCCCUGCCAGUCUAUUCAAGUGCAAAGAGUUACAAGUGUUAUCUUUAUCGUUUAACCAAAUGGAGGGGAGCCUACCAAUAGAAAUUGGGAAUUUGAGUAUGCUUCAGUACAUCUAUAUUGGUCGGAACCACUUUGAAGGUAUAAUUCGACGUGAGAUUGGCAACCUAAAGAAUCUGAAAUUGUUGCAUUUAGGCUUUAACAAUAUUGAUGGUUCUAUUCCUCCACAAGUAUUUAAUAUUUCAACUCUAAGGAAGAUUUCUUUCGAUGGAAAUCAGCUCUCUGGCCAUCUUCCAUCAAACAUGGGCCUUUUCCUUCCAAACCUGGAGGAAUUGUAUCUUGGUGCCAAUUAUCUUGUCGGCUCGAUACCAACAUAUAUUUCCAAUGCCUCUCAGCUUACUCUUCUUGAGAUGUCUAAUAAUUACUUUUUAGGUUCCAUUCCUGAUAAUCUGGGCAAUCUAAGAAAUUUAAAGCUUCUCACCAUGGAGAAUAAUAGUUUAACUUCCUCAAGAAUGAGCUUUCUCUUUUCUUUGACAAACUGUAGAGUCUUGGAGAACUUUCUUUUUGGUAGCAACCCAUUUAUUAGUAGUGAACUUCCAAGAGUGGUAGGAAAUCUCUCAAGUUCUCUUGAACUGUUCUCUGCUUAUUCAUGCAACAUCAGGGGUAGCAUCCCUAGUGAAAUUGGAAACUUAAGUCACUUGAUAAACAUUGAGCUAGGAGGCAAUCAAUUGAUAGGACAGAUUCCUACUACAAUUGGAGGAUUGGAAGAGUUGCAAAGUCUUUCCCUUGAUGAAAAUAAGUUAGAAGGAUCCAUCCCAUCUGAUUUAUGUCAUCUAAACAAAUUGGCUUUCUUGUUCUUGACAAAUAACAAAUUGUCUGGACCAAUACCUGCUUGCUUAGGUGAUCUCACUUCAUUAAGGCAACUAUUUCUAAACUCCAAUAUGUUUUCCUCCUCAAUACCUUUCACGUUGACAAGACUUAACUAUCUCCUCAUCUUAUACUUGUCUUCAAAUUCUCUAAGUGGCCCACUACCAACUGAUAUUGGAAAAUGGAAAGUUUUGACUAGUUUGGAUUUGUCGAACAAUCAGUUCUCAGGUGAUAUCCCAACUGGAGUUGCAGAUCUCAAGGACCUCACUCAUUUUUCCUUAUCCAAUAAUAGAAUCAUGGGUUCUAUUCUUGAGUCUUUUGAUGAAUUGCUGAGUUUGGAAUUCUUGGACUUGUCAAGAAAUAAUCUAUCUGGAGAGAUUCCCAUAUCCUUAGAGAAACUCCGUUAUCUUAAAUAUUUCAAUGUCUCUUUUAAUAAGCUUGAAGGAGAAAUUCCUGAAGGAGGAUCAUUUGGAAACUACACAAUCAAAUCAUUUAAGGGGAAUGAAGCCUUGUGUGGUGCAGCUCGACUUCAUGUUCCAAACUGCAAAACAAGACCUCUUAGAAAUUCCAAGGCAAAAUCUAAUUUGAAGCUCAUAAUAUAUGUAGCUUUGCCAAUUGCCUCCGCAAUUUUGGUUAUGGCUCUGAUAAUCAUUAUCUUGCAAAAUAGGAGGAAAGAUAAAUUGCCAACUCAAGAAGACAUGAUACCUUUAGGAACAUGGAGACGGUUUUCCUACCACGAGCUUCAUCAAGCUACUGAUGGAUUCAAUGAUAGUAGGUUACUUGGUAAUGGAAGUUAUGGUUCAGUAUUCCAAGGGACUCUCCUGGAUGGGACAAUCAUUGCAGUAAAGGUCUUCAAGUUAGAGUUAGAAGGAGCUUUUAAGAGCUUUGAUGUUGAAUGUGAUGUUCUCCGCAACACUCGUCACAGAAAUUUAGUCAAAGUAAUAAGCAGUUGCUCUAAUGAUCUUAAUUUCAAAGCGUUGGUGCUUGAGUUCAUGCCUAAUGGGAGUCUUGAUAAAUGGUUGUAUUCCAACAACCAAUAUUUGGAUAUCCUACAAAGGUUGAACGUAAUGAUAGAUGUUGCAUCUGCAUUGGAAUAUCUCCAUCACGGAAAUGCAACACCCGUGGUUCACUGUGAUUUAAAACCCAACAAUGUUCUAUUAGAUGAAGAUAUGGUUGCUCAUUUGAGUGAUUUUGGCAUCGCGAAACUCUUAUGUGAAGAUGUUUCAAUGAUACAAACCAUGACAAUGGCAACAUUUGGAUAUAUGGCACCAGAAUAUGGAAUCGAAGGAAUUGUUUCGACAAAAGGUGAUGUGUAUAGCUUUGGUAUUCUUUUGAUGGAAAUCAUCACAAGAAAAAAGCCCACAGAUGAAAUAUUUGAAGGAGAAAGAAGCUUGAAAAGUUGGGUGAUAGAGUCGAUAUCAUCUUCGCGAAAUCAAGUUGUAGAUCCUAAGUUGUUGAGCACCACUGGAAGGGAACAUUUAAAAGUUAAGAAUUGUGCCUUGUCCAUUUUGCAAGUUGGCUUAGAAUGUUCUGUAGAGUUACCAAAUGAGAGGCUUCAUAUGAAAGAGGUUGUUACAAAGUUAAAGAAGAUCAAAGUAAAGUUAUUAAGGGAUAUGCGACACGUUCGAUGAAGAGGCCAUUGUUAAAUUGACUAAAAUAAACAUAAGCUUUUCUUUCUAGCAAUGUCUUUGAUAAAUAUUUAUACAGAUGCUCUGUUUUC